GCGGGCGGCGAGAGGACGGACAGGCUCCGGGGCCGGUGGGGAGGGCUCGGUGAGAAAGACGGUGCGUACCCUGCCGCCGAAUACUCACCGCCUGAGGGCAGUUUGUAUUUACCGCGGGAGAGGGAAGAGAUUUGCCGGAGAACAAUGCACGCGAGCGCCAGCGCCCUGCGGACCCUCAUCAAGGGGGGCCGGGUGGUCAACGACGACUGCACCCAGGAGGCCGACGUCUACAUCGAGAACGGCGUCGUGCAGCUGGUCGGCCGGGAGCUCAUGAUCCCCGGCGGGGCCAAAGUCAUCGACGCCACCGGCAAGCUGGUCAUGCCGGGUGGCAUCGACACCAGCACCCAUUUCCAGGAGACCUUCAUGAACGCCACCUCGGUGGAUGACUACUACCACGGCACCAAGGCAGCUCUGGUUGGAGGAACAACAACGAUAAUUGGCUAUGCAUUACCAGAUAAAGAGAAUUCCCUUCUGGAAGCUUUUAAAAAGUGCAGAGAUCUAGCAGAUCCUAAGGUCUGCUGUGACUACUGCCUUCAUGUUGGUGUAACUUGGUGGGGGCCGCAGGUGCAACUGGAAAUGGAGGAGCUAGUGAAGGAACAUGGAGUGAAUUCAUUCCAGGCUUACAUGACCUAUAAGGAUCAAUACAUGCUGCGAGAUAAUGAACUCUACCAAGUUUUUCGUACAUGUAAAAGUCUUGGUGCCAUACCUUGUGUGCAUGCUGAAAAUGGAGAGCUAGUAGCAGAGGGUGCAAAAGAAGCCCUUGAAUUGGGAAUCACUGGGCCUGAGGGAUUAGACAUCAGCAGACCUGAGGAGCUUGAAGCAGAAGCAACACAUCGUGCCAUCACCAUUGCCAAUAGAACCCAUUGUCCAUUAUAUUUGGUUAAUGUCUCAAGCAAAUCUGCAGGUGAUGUUAUUGCUUCUGCAAAAAUGCAAGGCAAAAUUAUAUAUGGGGAAACGACACUAGCACACACAACUCUAAAUGGAUCAAGCUAUUACCAUCCAGACUGGUCUCAUGCUGCUGCUCAUGUUACUGCACCUCCUCUUCGACUGGAUGCUAGCACUCCCAACUACCUCAUGAGCCUGCUAGCCAAUGAUACCAUUAACGUUGUUGCUUCGGAUCAUCGUCCGUUUACUAUCAAGCAAAAAGCUAUAGGGAAAGAGGAUUUUACUAAAAUUCCUCAUGGUGUUACUGGAGUGCAGGACAGAAUGACUGUUAUCUGGGAGAAAGGAGUGGUCGGUGGCAAAAUGGAUGAAAACUGUUUUGUCGCUGUGACUAGUUCAAAUGCUGCCAAAAUUUUCAAUCUGUACCCCAAGAAAGGAAGAAUUGUUCCAGGAGCUGAUGCUGAUAUUGUUGUGUGGGAUCCAGAAGCUACAAGAACGAUAUCUGUGAGCACGCAAGUACAGGGUGGUGAUGUGAACCUUCAUGAGAACGUACGAUGUCAUGGUGUUCCACUGGUCACAAUCAGCCGUGGGCGUGUUGUCUAUGAAGAUGGAAUUUUUACUUGUGCUGAGGGAACAGGAAAAUUCUGUCCACUUCGACCAUUUUCGGAGUUUGUGUACAAGAAGCUGAUCCAGAGAGAAAAGAAUUUGACUGCAAAGCCUGUGGAUCGUGCCCCAUACGUAGGUGAUGUGGCAGUGGUGCUAAAUGUAGGGAAAGAAACCCCAGCUCAUCCAGACGUUCAAUUCCGUUCUGUGACACGUCACAGUGGAGUGAGGGAUUUGCACGAGUCCAGCUUCAGUUUGUCUGGAUCUCAAGUUGAUGACCACCUUCCAAAACGACCUGUAUCCAGAGUUUUGGCUCCACCUGGUGGGCAUUCUAAUGGCAUUUGGUAAAAUGUGUAUCUUGGUACUGUCAACUUUUACGAUCAAAUGGAAACAGAAUACGAGCAAUUUAGACCCACACACACAGGAAUUUACUACGUCAGCCUCAGUAACACCAUAUCUAUAUCAUGUGAAUGAACAGAGCUUUUAGUUAUUUUAAGAUUUUUGUAAGAUGUAUGAGAAUGUUACAUCACUACCGUAAAAAGUUGGUCAUAGAUGAAAGAAGACUGUUAAGAAAAUUGUAGAUCCAUUACUAUAGAUCUUGUGUUAGGCUCUGCUGCUAUAAGUGCAGAAUCUUUAUAAUUCUGCCAUAAUAAAUUGUACACAAGCGAGUGAAAUGUAUUGUAGUCUGUGCAUGAUGCAAUCUGACUUCAUACACCCCAAAAAUAAGAAAACUUAGCAUUUAAAACUAACAAUAACUGGUGCAUUCUAUUACUUUUGCUUUGUAUGAAUGUGGGAAUUUUCACUGUGCAGAAUCUUGAAAACAGCCUUGGAAAAGUUGUGAAAAAUUGGAGCAAAUCCAACUAAAUUAUUUCAGGUUGCAAGUUGUUUACUACAUAAGUACAUGCCAUCCAUGAGCUAUGGAUUAUAACCACUUUGUUAAUUUUGGAUAAAUAACCAUCCCUGGUGUGAAGACUUGUUGAAAUAUGUUGUGUAUGGUCUUUUGUGCAAUUUAGAAUGUGAUCAUGUAGGAGUUUUUUUAUUUCCACUACUGAUCCCUUGAAGAAUUUUCCAUUUUACUGUGUAAAGUUAAAGGAGCCUUCUUUGCUCUUCUUUGGAACCAACCAGUCAUCCCAGUCCAAUUUCUGUGUCACUAAUAAAUCCAAUCAGGAGAACCAUCUUUACUCAGAGCGAUGAGGAUACGGAAUUUGUUACCACAUGGAAUGGUUGACCUGAAUAGCAUGGUUUGCUGUCUAAAGAUUUUUUUUAAUUUGACAAUUGGAGAUUUCAGGCAAUGUGAAUUAUUUUCACCUAAAAUUUCAAUUUCGAAAUAAAGUGGCACCCCAUUAUGUAACUAGAUGAAUCCCAAAGAUAAUUGUAAGCAAUUGUGGUAUUAUGAGCAAACAGUGUAGAUAAAUUUAAUAUAUUUGUAAGUAGAGUUGAUCCAAACUCUUAAAGGUGUAGAUUUUCUGAAGUGCACAGAUUAAUGAGUCUAAUGACCCGUACUUUAAAAGAACUGACUAGAAGUUGUUCAAUUAAAUCAAUUAAAGACACUAAUGAAGUAAAAAGAUAUAUACAAUAGCUAGUCAUUUUAAACAGUGUUCUGAGUUUGAAUUCACCUAAAAUAUAAGUAUUUGAAAAACUGACAGAAAUAUUUCAGAAUUUCAGGCAAUUCUUUGCAUUUAGCAUUGCUAAAGUUACACACAGAUGUUUUUCAUAUUUAGUUUUAAAUUUAAUUUCCAGUCUCACCUGACAUUCACAUUAACUGGAUGGUGACUAGAGAUGGUAUAAGGAUCAAUGGUCUAGUUUUCAGUUUCUCUAAUUGUUAGCUAUCACUAUUAUGAAGGAAUUGCAUAGCUUUACAAGAGUAGCAUAGUUUUACA